CGAGUACACAGCGGUGAAAACGUUAUAUUUCUUCAUUGUGGUAUCUGGAAGUACCAAGGGAAAUAUUAUUGAUUCAGUGGAGGAGGAUGUAGCGAGAAACGAAAAUGAAUGUUACCGUGCAGAAUUUUCUGAUGAUGUGUGGUCCUGUCCUGAUUUUAACAAUGAAGACUUGAAAUGCGAACCUCUCGAGCUUGGCAUGAUCGAGGGAAAGGACGGAGAGUUGGGCCUGCAAGGAAACAUCAUACUUAGUGCUGAAAUCGAGCAAGGAACAAUGAUGAAUGUAGAAAUAUGGAAAAUGAUGGACAUUGGAAAGGAAUACCUGUACCACACUCAGGGUGAUAUAUGUGGUAGCUUAAAAGACAAAAACACGCCGUGGUAUCCUAUGUUUGAAGCCAUGAAAAUAAGUGAAUGCCCCAUACCAGUGAAAAAAUACGAAAUAAAAGACAUGAUCAUCAAUUUGGAGCACGCCAAAGAAAUGCUUACACAUGAGAUGUGCGGCGACUACGUUGUUCGAAUGUCGAUGACGAAAGGCAAUGACAUAGCGAAGAAGAUGUCUUGUCAAGAGUUGGAAGUUUCUCUAAUGUGUUUACAAACUUGCGGGAAUAAUAAAAAUAAAACUGAAGAUUAA